UUCAGGACUUUUGUCUUAAAAAGGACGACUCCGAGUUUCGGAAUUGGAAACAAAUGGGGUCAGACUGGAAUGAAACACAAGACUCUGACCCUGGGGGAUUGAGAGGGCCGCCUAUGGGCUUCUACAGGCGGAAGGUCCGGUAGAGUUACCGUCCCUCUGCCCUUCUGCGUCUUCUCGGCCAAGGACCUGGGCCCCACAGUGCUGCCGCUCCUCCGGCCAAACCCGUUGCUGCCGGUGUUCCUGCCUUCGCUGCCUGUCCUUUCUGGGACUUAUAGCUUAUACUUAAGUCCCGGUACUAAAAGUUUUAAUAAGCAUCUGUAUAGUGAGCCCUUAGUUGGCGCCAACCAGUUUGCUGAGGAUUUAAUAGCCUUACAUUUAAUAGCGUCUCAACAUCUAACUAUUACAUCCCUUUUAUGGUGAAUGUCAGUGGCAGAACUGACAAAUCCAGGCCUACCAGACUCCCUUGGGUCAAGCACUUCUAUUUUACUGCCCCAAUAGCUUGCAUUUUAGUUUUUUGUUAUAAAAAUAUAAUGAACCCUCAGCUAUUCAUCACCCAAAUUUUAUUCUUCAGCUAAAUCGCAAGCCCAGAGCAAGCCUCACCUCUCAGAAUAAAUCUUUAUGGCAGCCUGUGGGUUAUAAAUAAUCCAUAAAGUAAGUCCCAUCUUCUUGGCACUGGCCAAUGACUGCCUCUUGACAAUUCUUUGCCUACCUCCUAUUACUUGAGAACGUAAUACACACGAGAGACUAGUAAGUGCUUUACAAACAUUAUUAAUUAUAGGGAAUACUUUGGAUUUAUGUGCAGGCCUUUGCUAAGGGCUUUAUAUGCUUUAGCUCUUUUAAUCCUGUGAGACUGAUGAUUUGCUCAUUUUAUACAUGAGAAAACAGGCACGAUUAAUAAAAUUGUCGAAAGUAAGGGUUUGGACCCACCCUGCUCGACACCACUGUCUAUACUCGUUAACCACGAGAUUCUGUAGCUUCUUGCAGUAAUAAAAAUUAAGUGAAUGAACUCGUGUGUCCGCAGACUUUUCUGGAGGGUGUACAUGGUUUCUCCAAUGAACAACUUCAGAGAGAAAGCCGCCCAUCCACAUACUUCAGCACCUGGUACAUACCUGUUGUAAAGCACUUACCAGGUGGUAUUGCAAUGAUUUGUUUACACAGCUAGUUCUCCUUAGACUGACUUCUUCAAGGCCAGGGACUAUGGCUUACUUUUAUGUUCCCAGGGCUUAACCAGUUCCUGACAAACAACUGGAACUCAAAAACAGUUUGCUCAGUGAGUGACUGGUAGGAUCAACCCAUCUCUCUUCAGUGCUGCACAGGACAGCAGCAGUGCCCUGAGCACAAGCAACUGACAACUGAAGGAAUGGAUGGGAAAGAGUUUCCAGAGCCCCACCUGGGCCAGUGGUAUUUUAUCGCAGGGGCAGCUCCCACCAAGGAGGAGUUGGCAACUUUUGACCCUGUGGACAACAUUGUCUUCAACAUGGCUGUGGGCUCUGCCCCCAUGCAGCUCCAGCUUCGAGCAACCAUCCGCACGAAAAAUGGGCUUUGUGUGCCCCGGAAAUGGAUCUACCACCUGUCUGACGGGAGCACAGAUCUCAGAACCGAAGGCCGCCCUGACAUGAAGACCAAGCUCUUCUCCAGUGCAUGCCCAGGUGGAAUCAUGCUGAAAGAAACAGGCCAGGGUUACCAGCGCUUCCUCCUCUACAAUCGCUCACCCCACCCUCCUGAGAAGUGUGUGGAGGAAUUCCAGUCCCUGACCUCUUGCCUGGACUUUAAGGCCUUCUUGCUGACUCCCAGGAAUCAAGAUGCCUGCGAGCUGUCCAGUAACUGACCUGUGGCUUCACCUAUGCCCUCCAGAUGGAUACAGCAGGAACUUGUAUGGUGAAAGGAGAAGCUGGAGACUCCCAACUCUUUCAAAAGUAAUAAAGAUGAUUUUCCAAUCCUCAUCUCAUUUGGGG